GCCGCAGGCGGAGCGGCAGAGCAGGCCGGGAGCCGCAGGCGGAGCGGCAACCCGGGCGGGGGGAAGGCCAGGUGCCGCGCUCCGCGGCGCAUUACGACAGUUUUACGGCAGUGGGCAGCAGGCGCGCUUUGCGGCCGCGGGGCGGAAGUCGGUGGGCGCCGGCGCCAGGCGUCUCCCUGGUGACGAGCCGCCGCGUGCUGCUCCCCGGGGCCGGGCCGCCGUCACCUUUAUCGCGCGCCCUGGGCCGCCCGUCGUACCCGCUGGUCCUCGGGGCAAAGCAGGGUCCCAGCCACCAAGAAGUUCAAGGAGAGGGGGGGUCUCGCAGGAUAACACAGGCGACCCUGGAACCAGCCCCGCCACAAAUGUAACGUCUGCCGGGGGCUUUCGCAGCAGGGGCAGGUCCAUCCUGCGCCUCCAGGCCGCAGUGGUGGUGAGAAGCCCCGCGUGGGGGGUUUGCAUCUGUCCCUUGCCUUGCUUUGGCCGGGAGGCCGCAGGAUGGACGGGGAGUGCGCCCGGCUCCUGCCCGCCGUCUGCGCCGUUCUGGCCGACGCCAGGCAACUCGUCUCCGACGACACCUGUUUAGAGAAGAUGCUGGACUGGUUUAAGGCGCUGACGGAAGCAGAAUCCAGCCUGCUGCUCUUACAGGAGAAUCCGUGCUUGACAGAGCUUGUCACCUGUGUGCUAAAAUUGGAAGACCCAAGUCCCAGCAUUGUCUCCUUUAUUCUGAGGUUAACAGGGAUUUUUGCAGCCUCUGAAAGCUGCUUCCAGCACUUGCAGGAGUAUUGUCUUCAGCGACUCUCAACUUUGCAUCUCCUCAGUUCUUCAUAUCAGGGGGAGUUCUUGUCCAGUCUCUUCGGAGAAGAGGGGCCUAUCAACAGUUCACUGUGGGAAGAUGCCUCUGUGCGGAGCGGCUGGGUCGAAGGUGUGCGUAGCAUGGUGCGGCACCAGAGCACCAUCCAGUUCCUGUGCAGCAGUGGAGCCAUUGAUGUGAUCUUCAUGCUGCAGGGAGACCCCAGCCUGUUUGUGGCUUCAGCUGUCAAUCGGCUCCUAGUGCAUAUUCUCACUUUCUCUCUGCAGUCCGAAACAACUAGCCCUCUCAGCAUGAAGUACUGCAGUUGGCCAAUGUGUGCCCAAAUGAUAAUGGCACACAUUGAAGAGUCUCUUAAAUCCAGCUCCGUCUCUCGUAUCAAGCAAGCCUUGAAGCUGCUGACUAGUGUGUUUGGAUGCUGUCAUGACCAGUGGACUGAAAUUCUUUGGUCACGGAUAGCAGAGCCAAUUGAAUCUCUCUUGAAGGAAGAGCCAGUCCAAACAGGACAUUCGCUAGUGGACCUGUUCCUUAGCAUGGCAAGGUCUCCUGUGUUUGGCUGUCCUGAGUGCAGCCUGUGGACAUCAGUGACACAUGCACUGAAGUUCUUAAACCCAGCACAAGCUGGUCCUCUGGCUUUGGGAGUUCUGAAGUGCCAAGAAUGGUAUGACUUGUUGCUAUGGAACUCACUUUUUUAUACUAUUGGAAUAUGGUUCUGCAAAUCCCUGAAGCUGUUGUGCUGUAUCAAGAAGAAAACUUUUUUGCUGCACCUUGCUGCCCAUGUAAGGUUGUUACAGCCAAAAAAAGGGUCUAGGAGUCCAGGAGCUAUAGGUGGGGAUAAUUCGGAUGACAGCGUUCAAAGGGGAAGGAACAGGCGAAGCAAAGGCAUGCACUCUUCAUUCUCUCCUUGAGGGCAGGAAUGGCUAGCUCACUUUAAACUUUUAGCACCAAAGUUACAAUAGUUAGGGUAGACACUACUUUGAGUGCAAAUCAAACUCAAUACUUCUCUCUCUCUGUCUGAUUCUCUCUGUUCCUUCCCCUUCACACAUGUGAUAUCUAU